CCUGCACUGUGAGACCGGAUUGGUUGAUCCCGCCCACUCAGGCUCUUUCGCCUUCUAACUUCUGGCCUCGCUCGGCUUCCGUCCUUUCGCCCCGAGCCGCUGCCGACAUGGCUAAGAUCAAGGCCCGCGACCUGCGAGGGAAGAAGAAGGAGGAGCUGCUGAAGCAGCUGGAUGACCUGAAGGUGGAGCUGUCCCAGCUGCGGGUGGCCAAGGUGACUGGCGGAGCCGCCUCCAAGCUGUCCAAGAUCCGGGUUGUCCGCAAAUCCAUUGCCCGAGUGCUGACUGUCAUCAACCAGACCCAGAAAGAGAACCUGAGGAAAUUUUACAAAGGCAAAAAGUACAAGCCUCUUGACCUACGGCCGAAGAAGACUCGUGCCAUGCGCCGCAGAUUGAAUAAGUACGAAGAAAGUUUGAAGACCAAAAAACAGCAGCGAAAAGAGCGCCUGUACCCUGUCCGGAAGUUUGCUGUUAAGGCAUAAACCUUUUGCAUACUAUGGAUCUGUGAGCUUUUUCUCAUUAAACAUCAAAUUGUUUUGAAACUGACAGGCAUAGAUACUUGUUUUAUAGUAUGGAUUUGGUUCAGAACUCAUGAUAACACUGUAUGGAGGGAAACUAUUCAGUUAGAGAUCAUGGGAGCCUUAUGCUAGUGUAGCUUGGAAGAUGCUACAGUUAAUUUCUGUCACCAUUUGCAUUAUAAAACUGUUUGUUU